AUACAGGAGUUAGGACUCUUAAUGAGCAACCUGGUGGCAAUGGUUCCUGAAGGAGUUAUCGUAUUCUUCUCCUCCUUUGAGUAUGAAACACAGGUGCACACAGCAUGGAGUAACUCAGGGAUACUCAGAAGAAUAAUGAAGAAGAAGCGUGUGUUCAGAGAACCCAGAAGAAACACUGAAGUAGAAGCUGUUCUCAGAGAUUACAAGGAAGCUAUAGAAAGCGAAAGAGGGGCAAUAAUGCUAGCUGUGGUUGGCGGGAAGGUGUCAGAAGGAAUCAACUUCAGCGACAGCAUGUGCCGGUGUGUUGUGAUGGUUGGUCUGCCGUAUCCCAGCCCGUCUGACUUUGAGUUGUUAGAGAGAAUAAAGCAUAUAGAAGGUCUUGGAGAUUCAGAAUCCGCAAAACCUUCUCUGAGUUUGGUAGAUGAUUCUUACUACAGUGGAGAUGUUCAAGCAGGAUUUGGCGUGUUAAAGAGCUGCAAACGGAGAGGAAAAGAAUACUAUGAAAAUCUGUGUAUGAAA